GAACGAUAUACUGCGCAAUGUGUUGCCUACUUGACUAUUAUCUUUGCUGCUCGCCUCUCAUAUGCCAAUUUUCAAUGAUUGUGCCACAUAUAUGCUGAUGCAUCUUGUGUAGAUCGAGAAGUCCGCAAGGCAAACCGCGAGCUCAAUCACCAGACAAAUAAAAUGAACGACAUGGAGAAGAUCGAUCUCUUAACCAAGAGAUGGUCCGAGCUCUUUACCAAUAUGAAGCGCCUUGAGCGCGAUAACAUCAAGAACAAGAAGCGUGCCGACCAACUUCAGAAGGACAAGGAUACCAGUCGUACCGAAGUCAGCAAACAAACCGGUCUCAAAGAGAAGCUGGAGAAGCUGUGCCGUGAACUGCAAAAAGAAAACAAUAAACUGAAGAACGAACAACGCACCCUCCGUGAUGCUCACGAAAAACUUAGGAAGGAUUCGGAUAGUCGUUUCGAGUCGGUUCUUAAAACAUUGGAAGGCUACCAGGAAGAGAAGGACAAUCCUCGCAAACAAGUUAUGAACACCAAGGUGGAGGAUUUGUUCAAGAACCGCUUCAAGUCACUCAUUGAACAAUACGAGCUGCGCGAGCUACACUUCCACUCGCAGAUGCGCACGAAGGAAAUUGAGGUGCAGUGGAACAUGGCACGCUACGAACAACAGAAGAAGGCGGCUGAAACCGAGACGGCCCGCUCCCGCCAGCUCAACAGCCAAGUCCUGACUUUCUCCAAAACCGAGACGGAGCUGCGAAACCAGCUCAACGUCUACGUGGACAAAUUCAAGCAGGAGAACGAUAGCCUGAAACGAAAGCAGGAGGCACUUAAUCAGAACAUCUUCAAGAUGGCCGACGAGCGGACCAAGAACAUGAAGGACCUCGAGGAGACCCGCAAGAAGAGCGAAAAGCUCACGAGCAUCAUCAACGCGAUGCAGGCCCAGGGGCGGGGGAUACCCCAAGGCAUGCAGGGGACGGUGGAGAACUGCUACGCCGAAGGCGACGCAGCCAACGGCGAUGAACACGAGGAAGGCGAGGAGGAAAGCGAUUACGAGUACGGGGACGAUGAGGGUGACGAGGAUGCAAGCGAGGAGGGAGCUGGAUAUUUGCCCUGGCGUCAGUGGCCCGAGGCCUACCUUGAUCGGUGUCAUCUUCCGGAUAUUUGGCGAGGAACCGCAGUCAUUGUGAGAGAUAUACUGGCGGGUCUUUGUCGAUUUAUGAUUCGGGGGUGCUAUUUCAGGCCGCCUCUUCAUUGAUCUGGGGCAUCCAGGGAACCUGUCUAGCGACACUGUCGCGAUUAUACACGUACUACCAGCGAAUUGAGUUUAUACCGUGUGAAAUGCAAGUGCGCAUACCGCGAAUACUGGCCUGGAGUUCAUAUGCAUUCAGAGCAGUAGUUCAUGAGUGAUGAGUUAGACGUAUGACAGGACAGAGUAGACAUGAUUCUUUGUUACGAAAAAAAUAUUUCCCAGCAGAAGACAUAAGGACAGCUGCAGCUAGAUCGGGAAUCACUCAGCGUUGUGGCGGACCUUAGAUGACAAACCCUCACAUCUCGUUGGGUCAGCUAUAGUACAAAGCUCGCUGACCCAAAUAGGUCCCAAUGAGUGGAGUA